CUGGGUUAUUUGCUGCCGUUUGUUACCUUAGUACACAGAUAAUAUCCUACAGGCGCAACACCAAGAACCAGAGAAGAUCCCCAAGACUUUAAGAAGGUCCACAGGUGUUUCUGGCAAGAAGGUGUCCAGAAGACCAGAGUCCGGCUUGCUUUGAAAGGGUCUCCAGGCACUGCAAGGUGGAGUCCCUGGCUUAGUUCCAGGUUUUUCAGCCCAAGUGCAGGUUACCUGCCGACACAUCUUAAUCUUCACAUCAUUCCUUCAUAUUAUGGACAUGGACUGCAACACGAAGAAGAAGCCAGCAGGUGUGCUGAUGCUCCAGCUCCUGGUCAUCUUAAAGGUGUUGGGAACAGCAGAAGCUGACUGCAGCUCAACUUGUUUGUCUUCCUGUGACUGUAGCAGUCUGGGUCUCACCAGUGUUCCCCAGGACCUGCCGAGAACCAUCUCCAGCCUGGAUUUGAGAAGUAAUCAAAUUACCACUCUAAGUCAGUCCGAUUUCUCACGUUAUCCCAGAUUACGGACUUUAAGGCUUGAUGACAAUCUCAUUUCCACUAUCAAUAGCCAUGCAUUCUCUCCCCUGACAAACUUGAUCAAUUUAGGUCUCUCCCGAAACCGCCUUACAAGUCUCGGAUCUGACAUGUUCACAGGGCUGGGAAACUUAAAUGAACUUUCUCUAAACAGUAACCAGAUCAAUGACAUUCAGGUGGGAACUUUUGAUUCAACACCGCGACUGGGCUGGUUCAAAGCUUUCCUGGACCUGUCUGACAAUAACAUCACAACAUUUCCCCUGGCAAGACUUCAAAGGCUGUCUUCCCUUUACCUUGAAAAUAAUCAAAUGAAAAUUCUUCCGUCCACGGCUUAUGACAAACUUUUAUCCCUCUCAGAUGUUCGAAUUGGCAACAAUCCCUGGCAGUGUGACUGUAGGAUGGUUGACUUCAGGUUAAAAAUGACAGGGUCGCGUCCUUUUGAAAACCAGAUCACUUGUUCCCAACCUGACAACCUCUAUGGGCAAAGCUUGCUAGGUAUUAAUCCAGGAGAUUUGAUCUGCACAGAACCAACUAUUGCAAGGUUUCAAAAAAUUGCAAAAAAACGCUUUGUACAAGGAGGGUCUAUCCAUUUUGUCUGUGAAGCUUCAGGUAUUCCCAAACCAGACAUCACAGUCAUUCUCCCAUCUGGACUGAACGCCACUGUCGAGUCAGGUGGGGAAGUGAAUGUUACUACUGUAACAGCACAUGCUGGUUUGUGCGUCUGUAUUGCGACAAAUCUUGCUGGCUCAACUUUUGCUACUCUGGUUGUAAACCUACAGACAGUGACAACAGCGACUUCUCCUCUUCCUACAACCUCAAACAGCCCAGAUAGCACCACUGACCAUGACUCUGCUCAAGCCGCUUUCUCCCCAACUGUUGUUGCUUCACCUUCAAAACUACAAUCUUCCCCCUGUUUCUCCUUGCCUGUCCUCCUUGCCGCUAUCUGUGGUUCUAUAGCCGGUACUCUGUUUAUCGGUGGCAUCAUUCUCGCUAUCUGGUGCAAAAGGAACAACCAGAGUCCUCCCAAACGCCCAGACUUCAGUGUUGUUUAUAACAACACCAACACGACAACUCAAACCCAACCUGUCAGUCUAUCUUUGGAUGUGAGAAACCCACAUCUCAUCCCACGACCAGUUUCGGUCCAGUCCGAGCCUUACGAAGAUGUGCAGCCUCCUCCAAGAGGUGCAGUUCUGAUGCAAACUGCUAGAGGGCAGGCCCUUCAACCACCCAACGGGAACAACAAUGAACCUCCCCCUCUCCCCCCUCCCCGCACAGCCAGUGCUAAUAUCCCUGAGCACGCCUACCAAUCACUGGCAGUGACUAGGAAUCAGCCUGAAUAUGGGCAUGAUGCUUCACACCACUACCAGUCACUCAGAAGGACAUGAAUAGAUUCUGAAACUUUUUAACAACCAAAAUAUUUAAGGCCCAAAAAAGAUAAAUAGGCAAACAACCAGCCUGAAUGUCACACAGUAAUGUUUAAGAUUCUGUCAUGCAUAUAAUCUUCUACCUACAUGUACCUACCUGGUACGUUGGCUAUUAUUCUAGGGACUAGGUAUCCGGCACAUACUCAUUUUCAAGUGAAAAUUAAUAUGUGUGGGACACAACACCAGCAACAGCUGCCUGUGUCCCAUGCGUAUUGUACUGUUGCAAUUCCAAUAAAUCAAAUAAAAUAAAGUCAACCAAUCUACCUACCACGUCCCUUGACCUCCAAGUGGCUAUUACAUGUAAUAGUCACAUAAAGACAAACCUAAAGAUAAAACACCCUUAGCUUGAAUACAACCAUAACUGUUAUAGACAACCUGGCAAUGGACAGGACAAUUUACAUCAAUACCAGUCACUGAGAGGGACCUAAAAGAUCCUGAAAAAUUUUAACAACCGAAAGAUUUAAUGCUCACUGUUAAGAUCAGAGAAGAUAAACAAACAGGCAUAAUGUCACACAGUGAUGCAUGUGAUAGUUAGAUGUACUCAAAAUAUUCUUAGCUUGUACAGGCUUUAUAUUAUGAUUAUAGCUAAGAAAGUUAAGAAUAGCCAUCUAAUGAUAAUCUAGUACAGUCAUUAUUUUCUGAAAAUUAUAUACAUGCAGGAGGAUCUAUUUCUAAAAUCAUGUUAUUGGUUUGGUUAUAUUCAUUGUUCAGUAGUUAGUGAUUCAAAGAAAUUUAAAGAAAAAGAUGUAUUGUAAAAAGUCAUGAUAAACGUAAACUGUUAUAGACAAGUAAUAUUUCUAAACAUGAUGAAAAGUUUUGUUACUUAUCCUUGUGGUGUUUAUGAAGUUUGUAUAUUGCGUAUUGUCAGCGUUUGAGUAUGUGUCUGUGUGUGUCUGUGUGUGUGUGUGUGUGUGUGUGUGUGUGUGUGUGUGUGUGUGUGUGUUCUGAAAAUCUUUAACAACCAAAAGACUUAAUGCCCACCCUUAAAACAAGAUACAACCAGCCUGAAUGUCAAACAAUGUCAUUCAAUGUAAUAGUCACAUGUACAAAACACUCCUCGGUUGUAAACUAAGGCUUAUUAUACAAUGUUGUAUAGAGAUAUAAGACAGUCUGAUAGGAUAAUCUGAUGUAAGUUGAUUUAUAAUUUGAUGUUUGAGAUUUAUAUAAGGCCUAUUCCUGAAAUCUUUUGAAUUGUUUUUUUUUGUAUUCAUUGUUCAAUAGUUAAUGAUUCAA